CUAGCCUAUCUGCCCGCGCAGUGUGUCAAAGGUCAAACAUGUGAGAAAUCGAAUCGGGUGCACGCAAUCGCUACAGUUUUGUAACACUUCUUGUCCCAUUUCGCUUUACAUUGUGGAGUUCAGCAGAAUAUUCAAAGAUGUCUUUUGACAGUUCGUCAUUUGGUGGCGGGGCAGAUGGCGAAGACGCAGAACUGAAGGCCUUUCUUGCGGUAGAAGGCCAAAAAGCAAAAUUCCAGAACCAAGUUCACAUGUUCACCGACGUUUGCUGGGACAGGUGCGUGGACAAACCCAGCAACAAACUGGACAGCAAGACGGAGACCUGCCUGGUCAACUGCGUGGAGAGGUUCAUUGAUUCAACACUGGCAAUGACCAAUAGAUUCCAGCAGCUAAUCAACAAACAAGCCGGACAAUGAUGCUAGUGGGCCAUUGAUGUCUGUGACUGUGAACCAAAUUGGACAGAUGCCAACAUUGAUGAGAAUGGACUCAGGAUAGUAACUGUUGAAUGCAAAGAGGGUGGAUCCAAACUUCAAAGGGGCAUGUCUUCCUUUUGUGAUUGACAGCUGUGCACAACAGUCCUACAAUAAUGGCAUCUUCACUUUGAUCCACAUAAACCAUCAAUCUAAAGCUAUAAUUCGUUGCAGAAAUAUAUGCAUUUUUAAUUUCCUUUGGGGUUGAUCAUUGCAGUGGGUUGUGUGCGACUGGUUUUAUAGCAAUUUUCAAGUUUUAUGAAAGUUUCAUUUUGCAAAAAAAACCUUGUGGGAGGCCUGUCUGCAAUAACAGUGUUGAAUCCGAACUGUGCAAACUGUAUGUAGUUCUUGGUAUAGGCCCUGGCUGCAUGCACAUUUCACGAGAGGUCUUGAAUAAAAACACACACCUCAAAGAUAGCAGCCAUGCAAAAGAUCUUUUUUGGGGGGGGGGGCUUCAAGAAUUAUGUCACAUACAACAUAUGUGGUAUUAGAAGAGAUUCUUUAUGUUGAAUCUACAAUUAUAACAAUGUGAUGAAUUUAAGAAACUUAGUACUAUAGUAAAACACCGAAAGUGAUAUACUGGUGACAAAAAUUGUACCUGUAUCAGUUUCUGUACAAUUUGAAUUUAAUAAUGGAAUAUUUUCACAAUAGCCUGUUUUUAGAAGGAGAAUAAAUUAAAAGUUGUUUGUUCAAUACUA